CUUCGCCGCGAUCGGUUGUGUUGUUGAUAUAUAAAUUAGUUCGCUCUGUUUCCGAUUCGCUUGGAAUUCGCCGUUUUCGUGAUCGAAUAGUAGGCAGGCGCCUCCCCGGCCCCCAAAAACCGCUCCCCCGCUUUUGCCCAGAAACCGAUGUGUUAAACAAGCUUUUGCGUUUCAAGCUGAGACGAAAACACACACACGUACACCCAAAAAAACUAAUAAAACAAAAAAAACAGCGAUAAUACAAAUUGGCCACGCUCGUUGUUUGGGUUAAUUCAAUUAAGUGCGUCGGACAGAAGAAAGUCCACUUGGCCAGACCAAGUGAUAAUCCAUCAGGCGGUCACAAAAGCGCUUAAAUUGGGCCCUAAAAAAAAAGAAAGUCGCCGCACAAAGGUUACACAACCAGAGCGUGCAAUUGACCCACGGAUCAGAGAUCAAAAACCAGAGAUCCCAGAUCACAAAACAUAAAUCACGGAUCACGUAUCACGCAUACCCCCUGAACUUUUUUUGUGGAGCAACUAUGACGACUGCGGCGAAAGUAAUCUUGGCCUGCUGCCUGCUGGGCGCCAUCCACAUGCAAAUCGCCUCGUCAUCGGCCAUUCCCAUUUGGGAGUUUUUGACCCGCAACGAGAAGAUGUCCCACCUGUACUCGACGUUCGCCCAAUUAGUUAGCGUGCACUGCAAGUCGACUGCCGCCGUUGGAGGACUGCCGGUGAACCAGUGCAAGCACAAUCUGCUCACCUUCGGCUCCGCCAAGCUGCAGACGCUCUCCGACGCCCAGCUGGAGUCGCUCGACCCGUAUCAGCGCGAUGCCAACGAGCUGAUCUGGUCAUCGAUCAUGCGGGACCAUCCGAGUGGAGCCAGUUUGGUGACCACCAGGCAGCCCCUUCAGCAGCCACUGCCCACGCCGCCCGCCUCCUCGCUGAUCAUCCUGACCCGCCAGCAGCUGCCGCACGAGGCCUACCAUCCCGUCCAGAGCGCCAGUCCCGGUGCCAACCCGAUCUUCGAGAGCGGCGAGCAGAAGCACAAGUACGCCAUGGACAUGGACAUGGCUUACGGCUACCCAUCCGUGCAGCAGUCCAGCAGUGAGCUCCCGGUGGCCGCCGCCCUGACGAGUGAGCCGCCCAAGAGCUACCUCACCGGACCGCUGGUGAUUCGCGUGCGGACCGAUGGCUCGCCCGUGGAGGAGGACCGCCGGAUGCCCCUGCCCCGCGACGAGGACCUGCCCUACUUCCGCCUCGGGCUGGCCGCCGCUCCGGCAGGUGCCAACAGGCACCGCAAGAUCGCCACCAUCAGUGCUUUGAAGCAGCAGCACUUCGCCUCCAUUCUGCAGCGCGAUCUGCAGCCACCGCACCAGGUGCAGCGGCGUCUGUUCCGCCAGCAGCAGGCGUAAGAUCCUGGCCAGGGGAUCCCUAGACCUAAGUCCGCGUGUGAUUGGGCCCGAGUGAAUGUGUUGGAGUGGCGGGUGAACUGCAUCCUGCGCUUUGAGUGGACGAGUGAAUGCUUUUAGUUGUAGCCGUUUGAGGAGUUUUCUUGAAUGCACUUUUGAGCUUUAAUGGAAUUUCGUAUCGUAUUCGUUUAAGUUUUCUUUAAUUUUAUUUAUUCGCGUGCAUUAGCCGUAAGAUCAAAUAGAGAUUCUUGAGUAAUAAACCGCAUGAUGAUUAUCAUUGUUACGAACUUA